AUGGUAUUCAUCUCCAAAAUAGGCCUAGCAAGGCGAACAGAUCCGGUGACCAAAAUCUUCUUCUUGCACCUUGGCCAACCCAAGUCGGAAUUCUACGCCAAAGAAUACAAGGCACAAUAUAACAACCUCUAUUAUGACGUGCCGCCUUUCGCAGAAAAGCUUGUCAACAACACAACCCGGGUGAACGAUCGAGUUAGACGGUCCCUAGAGCUGUACGGCAAGAAGAACGAGUCGCUUGAAGGGACACUGACAAAUCUUUGCCAGAGCGUUCAGGGAUCAGUCAACGAGGUGGUGCCAGAAUUUGGACCUCUUCAAUGCGAACCCGCCUUUUUGCUUACCGACCAUUCGCUCGAAACACAACUGGAAGCUUUAGUCAAUUCUGACGUAAAAAGAGCCGUUUUUCUGCCCCUCUACCCGCAUUUUCACGCGGCGCGUGCCGGGUUGUUGCUAAAGGAAGUGUCUAAAUUUUUGUCGACUCGAACGGUCGCUGGGCCCAAGCAAGGGCAACCAGCUUCCCGUAAUCUUCGCAUCGUUCCUAACAAUACUGCCUCAUUCGAGAUCUCAGCCUUGGCCCGAUGGAGUGAUCAUCCUUUUCUAACAAAUUUAUGGCAUCAAAAGCUUUCUUCCAUCAAGGACGACUAUGAUGCUAUUCUCUUCACUGCACCUAAUUUAAGACAAUGUAAUUCCAUCUACUAUCGUUAUGCCGUAUGGGCAACGUGCGAGCGGAUUAUGGCCGAGCUGGACUUUGCCGUGCCCUUUGACUUGGCCUUGUACAAUGCGUGGGAUCAUGUUGACGUUUGGCAAAAGGAUGGGCUUGCGACUAAAGGCGCUAAAAUGGUCGGUCCAAUUCACGCCAGGCAGCGCGUUGCUGUCGUGCCCGUCACUGCAUUCUUUCCAACGUUUGACACGAUGUCGAUUCUACCCAACAUUACCGCAAAAAUCGAUGGCCUGAAACUCGUCGAACCACCAACUAGGCCGGCCGACUCGAAAAUUGUCGUGAACGGCCUGACGGAACUGAUCAAGAAUCAUCUGCUAGGGCGACGACAUUCCGAGCUCAAUUUGCUGUCCCCCAUGUGGAAAUCGAAAGAUUACGAGAGUGUACGGGCGCUGUUUGUA